CUCAAAUUCCCAGUUCAACCAACAACUUAUUCUAUUCUUCUUUGUGCCGGCCACAUCUUCACACCGUAUUCUUAUUCAUUUCCUCUAUCUUCUCACUCUAUCCCCGCCUCUUAAUCAACCAACCAACCAACCCAUAAUCACUCUUUGACAGAGCCUUCAAGAUGCAACUCACGGCCACUUUCCUUUUUCUCGCCGGCCUCCUCGCCAGCAACGCUGUAGCAGUACCCCUAGCAGCGCGCCAAGCAUCAUCCGUUAACGGCCAGGCAUGCACGGACGGCACCUUCGACGGCACCUGCCGGGCUGACGGUCGCUGCGGAUUAGAAAUCCCUCCCAACGAGGUGUCCUUCCGGUUCGUAGAGGGACAAUGCGGUGUCGCUGCCAGUGAUGACAACAACGGCGGGGCCUUUGGGAACUUUUUCGGCAACAAGGGUAACAGUAACAAGGGCAACAGUGCCGUCGUCGACGACGAGGAGGACGAUGAGGACGACGACGAGCUUGAUGAUGACAGCGAUACUGAUGACGAAGGUGCUGGUAAUCAGGCUUCUCGACGGUUGCGGACUGGAAAUGCCUCCUAACGAGGUAUCUUUCCGCUUCAUUCCCGGACAACGCGAUGACUAAGUGACGCAAGAUCCCCCCUUUCCCCGGGGAGAGGGGUGGGUGGUUUUGGCAACCCUAUGGAUUAAUUCUCAAUCGGGAAGACAACAACGCUGAAAGAAAGAGAUGUUAUAAUAAUACGGUGUAGCAUAAUGUACCUAAGUCAAGAAUAGAAUACGUUGGACUACCUAACUC